AUGGAAGACAGAAAAAGUGCUAGUACAGCUUUUCUGCAAGAAUUUUUCAUAGAGAAACAACUAACUGCCACUGCAACUCAUCAAGUAAAAACUGAGAUAAUGGAAACUUUAGGAAUUGAAGGAUGUAAAGUUCUACAACAGGGAUUUAAUCGCAAGAAUCUUUAUUAUGAAAUCCGUUCCAAAGGCAGCAAUAACGAGGAAUCACUGGGAAACCUUUUAGAAUUAGUUCGUAGUUAUGAAGGUGAAUGUGGUAUAAUAUAUUGUUGGACUAAAAAAAAUUGUGAAAUAAUUGCAGGACACUUAAAAAUUCAUGGAAUUUCCGCUAAGCAUUAUCAUGCAGAUUUAAGAAAAAAAGACAGAAUAAAUAUCCAAAAAGAGUGGCAAUCUGGAAUCAUACAUGUUGUUGUUGCAACAACUGCCUUUGGAAUGGAUACAAGUCAAAAAGAUCGAAAAAUUUCAAAUUUGCUUGCAAUGAAAAACUAUUGUGAAAACAUUGAAGAAUGUCGUAAAAAACAAAUAUUGAGGUAUUUUGGAGAUGAAUUCAGCUUGUCAAAAUGUGAUAAUUGUUGUGAUAAUUGUCAUGACCACAAAGAAAUCAAAAUUUUGGAUGACCGAUUUGAAAUUAGUAAGCAACCUUCUGAUAAAAGUAAUAAAAGGCAUAAUGAAGAACAAUGGUGUGAGUUUGAGUUGCAAAUCAAAAAAAUAAAAGAAACACAUAAAAAAGAAUUAAUUCUAAAAGAAAUUGAUGAUGAUCCAAGAAUUAAAACAAUAAGAUCAUAA